UCUGACCAUAACUCGUCCGCCAGCGAGGAAGAAUUUGCACAGAAUCAAACACUUUCAAGGCCAAAAUUACAAAGCAGAAAGAGCAGUGGAAGCAUGAUUGUCACACGCAAUUCUCCCACGGUGAUCUCCGAUCAGGAAUACGACGAGGAUGAUGUGCGGAGCAUGUCGCCGCGCAGAAACAGCACCGAGGUGGAUCGACUCAGUGAGGCCGCCCGCCAGGACUUGCGCGACCAAGCUAGAGUUUUACAGAUGAGCCUACAGGACAUCGUGGACAAGAUAGAAAGAGUCAAAACAGAGCAGGAAAAGCUCGAGGCGGGAAACAAAUUUCUCCAAUCAUACAUCGGUGAGCUCAUGCAGACCUCCAAGAUCACUGCCGCGCCAUCAAGAACGAAGGGCAAAGGCCGGAGUGGAAAGUGA